AUGGAAUCUCUGCCCCAGUAUAUGGAACGCCUCAAAGCAGUCCGUCCACCGUUCGCCUCCCCACCCUAUCCACCACCAUCGCAUCAUGCUGAUAUCAAAUCAACUCAAUCAACCGCCAAGGCUACCACCAGACCGCUGUCUGAUUUGUCCAAUCAUGCCAAAUCAGCACCAACCGUUCACAAGCACACACCCAACAUUCCUGCGGAUAGUGCGUUUGCGCGUCGUAAAGCUUACGAUGCGAGGCGCAAUUUGGCUCGUCUGUCGCAUCAUACUCCCCACCGAAACUCAACCCAUAAUACAACAUUGAUUCGUCCCAACACAACUGGGACACCGCUGUUGGCUACACCGGCGAACCGGAUGAACUCAACCACCACGGUUCCCCGCCGCGACCCACGUGAUGUCCGACCUGGCCUGAGUGUUGUUGUACAACGCGAACGAACAGCCGCGGUCUGGAAUCGAGCCCGAAACGAUGCACGACGUGCUCUGGUCGAUUCACGCCGUGGUCUAUAA